AUCCCCGUGAGCGCGUCUGAGGAAGCUGCGAAGAGGUGCAGCAGCGGCAGCAGCCUUAGCGGCGGCAGCAACCCCAGCCUAAGCAGCCUAAGCAGCCUUAGCAUCAGUAGGCAGCAUAGCCCGCGCAGUGUCAACGCUUGGGCAGACUCCAGUCCUGACCCUUCUCCCUCUUGCUCAAGGACUGAGAGCGCUGAGCUGCUUUUAGUCCUAUUGCUGUUGCUGCUACUCUCGUUUCUGGUUUAUUGUUUUGAGCUACUGCGAGGAGGUGUGGGAGGGGGGAAAAAGAAGAGAAAUAGAAAGGGACAACAGAAUCUUCCUUUAGCCAUGUGGAUACCUACAGAGCACGAGAAAUACGGCGUAGUCGUUGCCAGUUUUCGAGGAACAGUCCCAUAUGGCCUAUCAUUGGAAAUUGGAGACACAGUUCAGAUCCUGGAGAAAUGUGAUGGCUGGUAUAGAGGAUUUGCCUUAAAAAACCCAAAUAUCAAGGGUAUAUUUCCUUCCAGCUAUAUUCACUUGAAAAAUGCGUGUGUUAAGAACAAAGGGCAGUUUGAAAUGGUAAUUCCAACAGAAGACUCCGUUAUCACAGAAAUGACAUCAACUUUAAGAGACUGGGGAACCAUGUGGAAGCAACUUUAUGUGAGAAAUGAAGGUGAUCUCUUCCACCGACUUUGGCAUAUAAUGAAUGAGAUCCUAGACCUACGACGUCAAGUAUUAGUUGGCCAUCUCACCCAUGACCGUAUGAAAGAUGUGAAGCGGCACAUCACUGCUCGCCUGGACUGGGGCAAUGAACAACUUGGAUUAGAUUUGGUGCCUCGAAAGGAAUAUGCAAUGGUGGACCCUGAGGAUAUUAGCAUCACAGAACUCUACAGAUUGAUGGAGCAUCGACACAGGAAGAAAGACACCCCUGUACAGGCAAGCAGCCACCACCUCUUUGUACAGAUGAAGAGUUUGAUGUGCUCCAAUUUAGGUGAAGAGCUAGAAGUCAUCUUCUCACUUUUUGAUAGCAAAGAGAAUCGACCAAUCAGUGAGAGGUUUUUUUUGAGACUAAAUAGGAAUGGUCUGCCAAAGUCCCCAGAGAAGCCUGAAAGACAUUGUUCUCUCUUUGUGGAUCUGGGUAGCAGUGAGCUCAGAAAGGACAUCUAUAUCACUGUGCACAUCAUCCGAAUAGGUCGAAUGGGGGCUGGAGAGAAGAAGAAUGCGUGCAGUGUACAAUAUCGGCGGCCCUUUGGCUGUGCAGUCCUCAGUAUUGCUGACCUGCUGACUGGAGAGACCAAGGAUGACCUCAUCUUGAAAGUAUACAUGUGCAACACAGAGAGUGAAUGGUAUCAAAUCCAUGAAAAUAUCAUCAAGAAACUUAAUGCCCGCUAUAAUUUGACAGGCUCCAAUGCAGGAUUAGCUGUUUCUCUUCAACUCCUGCAUGGAGAUAUUGAACAAAUAAGAAGAGAGUACUCAUCAGUAUUUACUCAUGGGGUGUCCAUUACAAGGAAGCUGGGGUUUUCCAAUAUUAUUAUGCCUGGUGAAAUGAGGAAUGAUUUGUAUAUCACCAUAGAAAGGGGAGAAUUUGAGAAAGGAGGGAAGAGUGUGGCCAGGAAUGUGGAAGUGACCAUGUAUAUCAUUGACAGUAAUGGCCAGAACUUAAAGGAUUUUAUCUCCUUUGGCUCUGGCGAGCCACCAGCUAAUGAGUUCCACUCCUUUGUACUUUACCACAACAACAGUCCCAGAUGGUCUGAACUGCUGAAACUCCCCAUUCCUGUGGAUAAAUUCAGAGGCGCCCACAUCCGCUUUGAGUUCCGACAUUGUUCCACAAAAGAGAAAGGUGAGAAAAAGUUAUUUGGCUUCUCUUUUGUUCCUCUGAUGCAAGAAGAUGGUAGGACCCUUCCAGAUGGCACACAUGAGCUCAUCGUACACAAGUGUGAAGAAAAUACAAACCUUCAGGAUUCUAGUCGCUACCUCAGACUUCCUUUUUCCAAGGCCAGUCUCCUUGGGACCAAUAAUCAAGCAAUAAAAGCCACUAAAGAGUCCUUUUGGAUCACCUCUUUCCUCUGUUCCACUAAACUCACACAGAAUGGAGAUAUGCUUGAUCUUCUAAAAUGGAGAACUCAUCCAGACAAGAUAACAGGCUGCCUCUCCAAAAUAAAAGAAAUUGAUGGCUCAGAGAUAGUAAAGUUUCUGCAAGAUACUCUGGAUACCUUAUUUGGAAUUUUAGAUGAAAAUUCUCAAAAAUAUGGGUCAAAGGUGUUUGAUUCUUUGGUCCACAUAAUAAACUUACUGCAAGAUAGCAAAUUUCAUCAUUUCAAACCUGUAAUGGACACUUACAUUGAAAGUCAUUUUGCUGGGGCACUUGCAUACAGAGAUCUUAUAAAAGUUCUUAAGUGGUAUGUGGAUAGAAUAACGGAAGCUGAACGACAGGAACACAUCCAGGAAGUUCUAAAGGCACAGGAAUAUAUUUUUAAGUAUAUAGUUCAGUCUCGAAGGCUGUUUUCUCUUGCCACUGGUGGACAAAAUGAAGAAGAAUUCCGGUGCUGCAUUCAGGAGCUCCUAAUGUCAGUACGGUUCUUCCUUUCCCAAGAAAGCAAAGGGUCUGGAGCUUUAUCUCAAUCACAGGCUGUGUUCCUGAGCUCCUUCCCAGCAGUGUAUUCUGAGCUGUUGAAACUCUUUGAUGUUCGUGAGGUAGCAAACUUAGUGCAUGAUACUCUGGGCAGUCUGCCAACAAUCAUGCAUGUGGAUGACUCCCUUCAAGCUGUGAAGCUUCAGUGUAUUGGAAAAACAGUGGAAAGCCAGCUAUAUACUAACCCCGAUUCUCGAUACAUACUUCUGCCUGUUGUUCUUCAUCACCUCCACAUGCAUUUACAAGAGCAAAAGGAUCUCAUCAUGUGUGCACGCAUUCUUAGCAACAUAUUUUGUCUCAUCAAGAAAAAUAGCUCAGAAAAAUCUGUUCUGGAAGAAAUAGAUGUAAUUGUGACCAGCUUGCUGGAUAUCCUUCUAAGAACCAUAUUAGAAAUCACCAGUCGCCCUCAGCCAUCCGGCUCUGCAAUGAGGCUUCAAUUUCAAGAUGUGACGGGAGAGUUUGUUGCCUGCCUCCUGUCCCUGUUACGACAGAUGACAGAUAGACAUUAUCAACAGCUUCUUGAUGGCUUCAGCACAAAGGAAGAACUAAGGGAUUUUCUGCUGCAGAUUUUUACUGUGUUUCGAAUACUGAUACGGCCUGAGAUGUUUCCAAAAGACUGGACUGUCAUGCGCUUGGUUGCUAACAAUGUCAUCAUUACAACAGUUUUGUACCUCUCAGAUGCCCUUCGUAAGAAUUUCUUAAAUGAAAAUUUUGAUUACAAGAUCUGGGAUUCCUACUUUUACCUCGCUGUCAUUUUCAUAAACCAGUUGUGUCUGCAGUUGGAGAUGUUCACACCUUCCAAAAAGAAAAAAGUUCUGGAAAAAUAUGGUGAUAUGCGGGUAACAAUGGGUUGUGAAAUCUUCAGCAUGUGGCAAAAUUUAGGAGAGCACAAGCUUCAUUUCAUUCCUGCACUGAUUGGCCCUUUCUUAGAAGUAACCUUGAUACCUCAGCCAGACCUACGGAAUGUAAUGAUUCCUAUUUUCCAUGAUAUGAUGGACUGGGAGCAAAGGCGUAGUGGCAACUUUAAACAGGUGGAGGCCAAAUUGAUUGACAAAUUGGAUAGCUUGAUGUCAGAAGGCAAAGGUGAUGAAACUUACCGUGAGCUCUUCAACAGCAUAAUUCCACUAUUUGGUCCAUAUCCUAGUCUACUGAAGAAAAUUGAACGGGAAACAUGGAGGGAGAGUGGCGUAUCAUUGAUCGCCACUGUAACCCGUCUAAUGGAGAGGUUAUUAGACUACAGGGACUGCAUGAAAAUGGGAGAAGUGGAUGGCAAAAAGAUUGGCUGUACAGUUAGUCUAUUGAACUUUUACAAAACUGAGUUGAACAAAGAAGAGAUGUAUAUACGCUACAUUCAUAAACUCUACGAUCUGCAUCUGAAAGCACAAAAUUUCACAGAGGCUGCUUAUACUCUCCUCUUAUAUGAUGAGUUACUGGAAUGGUCUGAUCGGCCCCUCAGGGAAUUUUUAACCUACCCCAUGCAAACAGAGUGGCAACGCAAAGAAUACCUUCACCUCACCAUCAUUCAGAACUUUGACAGAGGCAAAUGUUGGGAGAAUGGCAUUAUCCUGUGCCGGAAGAUUGCGGAGCAGUAUGAAAGCUAUUACGACUACAGAAACCUGAGCAAGAUGCGGAUGAUGGAAGCCUCUUUAUAUGACAAGAUCAUGGACCAACAACGUCUUGAACCAGAGUUUUUUAGAGUUGGAUUUUAUGGGAAAAAAUUUCCAUUUUUCUUAAGAAACAAAGAAUUUGUUUGCCGAGGGCAUGACUAUGAAAGGCUGGAAGCUUUCCAGCAACGGAUGCUGAAUGAGUUCCCACAUGCCAUUGCUAUGCAACAUGCCAAUCAGCCUGAUGAGACCAUCUUUCAGGCAGAAGCACAGUAUCUGCAGAUAUAUGCUGUGACUCCUAUCCCUGAAAGCCAGGAGGUCCUCCAGAGAGAAGGCAUACCAGACAACAUCAAAAGCUUUUAUAAAGUGAAUCAUAUUUGGAGAUUUCGCUAUGAUAGGCCAUUCCACAAAGGGACUAAAGAUAAGGAGAAUGAAUUCAAGAGUCUCUGGGUGGAGAGAACUUCAUUGAUUUUGGUACAGAGUUUACCUGGAAUUUCCCGCUGGUUUGAGGUGGAAAAGCGUGAAGUGGUGGAAAUGAGUCCUCUGGAAAAUGCAAUUGAAGUGUUGGAAAAUAAGAACCAGCAGCUGAAGACGCUGAUUAGCCAGUGUCAAACUCGGCAGAUGCAAAAUAUUAAUCCGCUCACAAUGUGUUUGAAUGGUGUCAUAGAUGCAGCAGUUAAUGGUGGAGUUUCCAGGUACCAAGAGGCAUUCUUUGUGAAAGAAUACAUUUUAAAUCACCCAGAAGAUGGAGAGAAAAUCACACGCUUGAGAGAACUGAUGCUUGAGCAGGCCCAGAUUCUAGAAUUUGGUUUAGCUGUGCAUGAGAAGUUUGUACCUCAAGAUAUGAGGCCUCUGCAUAAAAAGCUAGUGGAUCAGUUCUUCGUGAUGAAGUCAAGCUUGGGUAUACAGGAGUUCUCUGCAUGUAUUCAAGCCAGUCCUGUCCAUUUCCCUAAUGGAAGUCCUCGGGUCUGUAGAAACUCAGCACCUGCUUCUAUGAGUCCAGAUGGUACAAGAGUAAUUCCUAGGCGUAGCCCAUUAAGUUACCCAGCUGUCAACCGAUAUUCUUCCUCUUCAUUGUCCUCACAAGCCUCUGCCGAAGUAAGCAAUAUCACAGGGCAAUCAGAAAGCUCUGAUGAAGUCUUUAACAUGCAGCCAAGUCCAUCUACCUCAAGCUUGAGUUCUACUCAUUCUGCUUCACCUAACGUGACCAGCUCAGCCCCAUCCAGUACCAGAGCCUCCCCUCUCCUGUCUGACAAACACAAACAUUCCAGAGAAAACUCUUGCUUGUCUCCUAGAGAGAGACCAUGCAGUGCCAUCUAUCCUACUCCCACGGAGCCUUCACAGAGGAUGCUGUUUAAUCAUAUUGGAGAUGGUCCUUUGCCGCGAAGUGACCCUAAUCUUUCAGCACCUGAUAAAGCUGUGAAUCCCACCCCUAGCAGCUGGAGCCUGGACAGUGGGAAAGAAGCCAAGAACAUGUUGGAUAGUGGGAAACUUUUAUCUCCCCCUGUCCCUCCAAGACCCACACAGACUGCUUCACCAGCAAGACAUGGGACAUCUGUCUCCCCCUCUCCUGCUGGGCGAUCUCCGAUGAAGGGUUCCAUGCAAUCAUUUACCCCGUCUCCAGUGGAGUAUCAUUCUUCAGGAUUGAUAUCCAACUCGCCGGUCUUGUCAGGAAGUUAUAGCAGUGGGAUCUCGUCUUUGAGCCGGUGUAGCACGUCUGAAACUUCAGGCUUUGAAAAUCCAGUGAAUGAACAGACAGUUGGCAUGUCUACCUACAGUGUGCCCGAAGAGCCAGUGAGGAAGGAAAGUAAAACACCGCCUCCUUACAGCGUUUAUGAACGAACUUUGAGGCGCCCUGCUCCGCUACCUCACAGCCUUUCCAUCCCUGUUACUUCGGAGCCCCCGGCCUUGCCACCCAAACCUCUGUUGGCCCGAUCAACCAACCUAGAGAAUGGCAGCAGGAGGACCGAACAAGUCCCUCGGCCCAGACCCCUCCCUCGGAAGGUCUCUCAAUUAUAAGUCACUUUUCUAUUCCCUCGAAAUGAAUUCUUUACCAUUUACGAAGUAAUAAAAGUAUGGUGAGAAGAAAUUUAGUGUAGGCACUUUAAUAUUUUACCCAGAUUUUUUCUUUAAAUAAAAUGAAAUAAAACUUGCUUAUUAAUAUUAUGUUGCACAAUAUUAAAUAAAAUUACUGAUCUAGAAGGCCAGAUAUUACAGGAAGUGUGGAUGAGAGAAUUGCAUUAAAACAUUCUAAUUUGAAAGUGGUAAAUAGUGAUAUAGACUUUUUUGUAUCUUUUUAUGUUUACUUUUUUACAUAGUCUAAUCUAAAAUCAACACAAUGCUGUCAUUUGUGUUAAAAGUUGUAUACUUUUUACUGAAUACUUGAUACUACAAGAAAGCUUAUUUAAAUCAGUGCACAUUCUAACACAAUUGUCCUUAUUCUAGAAGACUUCCAUAAAGAGGGUUGAGGUUUCUGGCUUUUUCACAAGCAGAAUGAAAAUUGUACAUCAUUGGAAAUCAGGUUGAAGGCCAGUUACUUAAAGUUUAUAUUGAAGGGGUUGCAGGCAUCAGGUUUGAGGAGUACCUUUGUUCUGGAGACAGAACACUCCUUUCAGACUGCUUUUGAAGUUUGACAGCUGUCUACAUAUGUAAAACUAUACUUUGAGGAUUCAUUGAUAUCAAUUCUUCAGUGUUCUCGUCUCCACUGUAUCUCUUUCUUUUUAAGGUGCAAUUCACUUUCAGUAUUCCAACAGCUACCCUAAUCAAAAGACCCUGUAGAAAUGUUUACUUGGAUUUUGUACCUGCUGACUUUCAGAAGGUUCUUACAUAAAAUUGGUCGUUGCAGAGGAACAAAUGUUCCCGUAUUAAAUAGGCACAAAUGAAUGUGUCCCAUUAACAAGGAUACAGGAAUCAAUGCUGGACAGUAUUAAAUCAAUAUGUGUAAGUCAAGGGGUAAAAAAAAAAAAACAAACCCUUCAAGAAUAUAGAUUAGUACAACUACAUGGCAUCAGAACUUGUAAAAGGCAGAGGCAUCAUUGACUCAGUUCUUCACACAGCAAGGAAAUUCCUUCCAGGCUCUACUUUCUUAACAGUGGACUUUCUCUCGUGUAACUGAUGAUCCCUUUUGUCCUCUGGUUGGAGAGGAUACCUGUAGUCCAAUCUAGCUUGAAUUUCCCAACAUAGCAUCUGUAGAUCUAGCUAGUAAUGCUAAUGCCCCAGUUGUAGGAGUGUGGAAAAGCACCUUGUAUGUAGUAUGUAUUUUGUAUCUUUGUUUUUUCUUUAACUGACUGUUUAUAACACUCACUUGAUAAUAGACGUAUGAACUGUAUUUAAAAAUCAUACUGUUAAAAUAUUUUCCCUCUUUUGUUGGGAAGCUCAUGUUGGUUUAACUGUGUUUGCUUUUGUCGAUAGCUUAAACUGGAAGGUGGUGACCACUUUUUUAUAUUCUCUCAAUGAAACCAUCCAGCAGGUAUACGCUGUUGAGGCUGGUUAUAGAGGUUUUCUAUAAUAAAUGUUCAAGUAUUUUUGUACAUAACUGGUUAAUUUUAAUAAGAGAUACCAUUAUGUGUAAAAAAAAAAAAAGAAAAGCAAACAGUUGUGUAUGCAGUAUGAUUGUUAUAAUUAUGCCAAAUACUUUAUGUAUGAAAAAGAAUAUUUGUACAUAUGUGCUUUUAACAAUAAUUCUGCCAUAUUGACUUUACAAUUUUGAAUGUCAGAAAAAAUUAAUAUAUGUUAAAAUAUUUAUGUUUAGUGAAAGUAUUCAUAAUUGAGAAAAGAAACAUAUGAAUUUGAGCUUUGUAUCUUGCAAGUUUUUGCAGUCUGAAAUUUCUUGAACUUGCCUUUGAUUAUAACAUUUUGUGUUUAUAAUCACAUCCUAAAUGAAGUGGGAGGUGCCCUGUUUCUGUUGGUAUAAAGAGGUAAAGCCACCCAUUUAAACAAGGUGUCCCUAGUAAGAUAACAAAGCCUCUCUGAUUUCUUUUCCCUGUGUAGUUUAAUAGAUUUGUUGACUAGUGCUUGAGCACAGUAUGAAUCAGUGUUAUUUGCUCUUGAAGCCAUUUUUUUUUUAUUUCUGGCAGUGAACAGAGUUGUUGAAUUUAUCAUGUGCGUGUAUUACUGAAGUCAGCUUUUGCAGCAGAUCAUUUCAUGAGAUUCUGUUUACCCAGAUGUUCAUGUUGGUUGCUGCAGAAUGGUAAAUAUGAAAUAAAAUUACUUGAUUAAUCUUAA